CCGUCCACCCCAGAACUGUUUAAAAAGAAAAAAAGCCCCACCAGAGGAGAUGUACACGUGGCACCUCUGGUAUCUGGGGGAAGAGUGAGAUAUUAGUUCCCCAUUGGUUGCAUGAGUUAUUGGGGUGGUCCCUCCACUGCACAGACAUAUAUGCACCCCCACCACAGUCCCCACUCUCUGAGCCAGCUCCUCUGGACCAUGAAGCUGAGUCUGGCACUGCUCCUGCUGUUGCUGAGAGUAGGGGCCAGUUCAGGGGACUUUGGGGACAGGCUCCCCCUCACAGCCAGUUCCCCGCAGCUGGAUGAGGAGGAGAAGUUCUCAGCUCACAUGCCCCCUCACUUGCGCUGCGAUGCCUGCAGGGCGGUGGCCUACCAGAUGUGGCAACACCUGGCAAAUGCGGAAGCCAAGCUGAAGACUCCGGAUGCCAGGGGCCGCCUGGAGCUGCGUGAGUCAGAAUACACAGACGUCCUGGACCAGAGCUGCUCACAGUCCUGGCAGGACUAUGGAGUUCGAGAAGUGAACCAGGUGAAACGACUCACAGGCCCAGGGCUUAACCAGGGCCCAGAGCAGAGAAUCAGCGUGAUAGUCAGCGGGGGGCUCUGGCCCAUCAGACUAUCCAGGACCUGCUUGCACUUCGUGGGCGAAUUUGGAGAAGAUCAGAUCUAUAACGCCUAUCAACAGGGCCAAGGGACUCUGGAAACGCUGCUGUGUGGCGGACCAAAGGGGGUCUGCUCUAAGGGGCUGCAGGCAACAAGGGAGGAUCUCUAGCUCCUGGAGACUGAAGGAUCAGCCCAAUCCACCU